AAUAUGCAUGUGGAAGAAGCUUAAAGAGAUAUAUGCUUCAAAAUCUUUAACCAAUUGAUUGUGUUUAAAGAUGGAGUUGUAUCAAUUAAAGAUCGUAGAAGGCAUAAAUAUUCACAAGCACUUAUCUGAUUUCAACAUGAUGAUGACACGAGUAGUGAAUGCUGGAGAUAUUUUUCAAAAAGAGGAGAAAGCUUUGCUUUUACUUGCAUUCUUGCCAAAGUCUUACAAGUCUUUAGUGCAGAGCAUGUUGGUGGGUAAUACUACUUUGGUGAUGAAAGAUGUCACAACCAUGUUGUUGGAAAAUGAUAAGUCUCUCGGGGAGGAUGAUGGUGCCAAUCAAAAUAAUGCUUUGGUGAUGGAGCAAGAUCGAGGAAGAUCCCAGGGAUGUGGAGAAACCAAAGGCAAGGGGGAGGCUAAGAUUGUUGAAGAAAAUCUGGUUGAAGUAUUAGCUUGUGAAAAGUGUGAUCUUGAGGUGGAGCAAAACAAUCAAAGGUGGAUUUUGGACUCUGCUGCAACCAUGCACAUGUGCAAUAAUCCUUCUGAAUUUAUGAGUUUGGUUUGGGGGGAGCUCGGCAAAAUAACGAUGGCUACCGAUGAGAAGGUGAAUAUUGAAGGCAUGAGAGAUGUUCAUCUCAAUGUUCACAAUAAGAGAGCCCAGAUUCUCAAGAAUGUCUAUAAAGGUGGAAGACUUGUUCUGCAUAGGAGGAAAAACAAGCACAACAUCUAUGUGCUUGAGCAACAUCUUGAGAGAGGGCUUAACAAGACCAUGAGGAAGAUGGUGUGGAAGCCUAAAGGGAUCUUGGUAAAUGGCAAGGAAAUUAAUAAGAUCAAGAAGAAGGUGAGUUGCAAUAAUGAAGUGGUGUUUGAUGAUGGUUUGAGGAGCCAACGUGUCAUUGAUGCAUACGUGCAGCUUGUUCUUGGUGUUGGGGUAAUUGCAGCUCACCAGAACAAUCAGUCUCUUCUUACCCUCUCCAAUUCUUCAAAAUCAAAACUUAGAUUCUGAGGUCAUACCUUUCAGAUCUUUUGUACUUAUAAGUGAGCAAGGAGAUGACUUGAGAAAUGGUUUAAGUAACUGCCCUGUCAGGUUUAGUUUGCCUUUCAAGUAUGGGGAAAUUGGUUCUACUUUCUUUAGCACAAGACAAGAAAUGCUUCCUUUUAUG